GAAAAAGGGGCAUAGUACAGAAAAAAGGGUGCAGUCAGGGCAUUCAUCUCGAGCAGUCAUGGGUAACUGGGCAGUGAACGAAGGGCUCUCCAUCUUUGUCAUUUUGGUGUGGCUAGGGUUAAAUGCCUUCCUCUUUGUGUGGUACUACCGAGUUUAUGAUGUUCCAGACAAGUAUUUUUAUACACGCAAGCUUCUUGGGCCUGCCCUGGCCUUAGCAAGAGCUCCGGCUGCUUGCCUGAAUUUUAACUGCCUGCUGAUCCUGUUGCCUGUCUGCCGAAACCUGCUCUCCUUCCUCAGAGGCUCUAGUGCGUGCUGUUCAACUCGUGUGCGAAGACAAUUGGACCGGAACCUGACCUUUCAUAAAAUGGUGGCAUGGAUGAUUGCCCUUCACACUACAAUUCAUACCAUUGCUCAUCUCUUUAAUGUGGAGUGGCUGGUGAAUGCAAAGUCCAGAAUUAACUCUGAUAAUUAUUCAAUUGCCCUCUCAGUCUUUGUUGAUGACCCAUCUCUUGGCCAAACUUAUAUUAAUUUUGUUGAAAAGCCAUAUAAGAACCCUGAAGGUGCCCUUUAUGUGGCUUUCACUUACUUAGCCGGCCUCACUGGAGUUAUUAUUACAUUGUGCCUCAUAUUGAUCAUAACAUCCUCAACCAAAACAAUCCGGAGGUCUUAUUUUGAAGUUUUUUGGUUCACUCAUCACCUCUUUGUUAUCUUCUUCAUUGGCCUUGCCAUCCAUGGAGCUGGGAGAAUUGUACGUGGACAGACAGAUAAAAGUUUGGAAGAGCACAACCCUAGAUUGUGCCAUGAGAACAUCUCCUUUUGGGGAACUAAAGGAAACUGUCCUAUCCCUCAAUUUGCUGGCAACCCUCCAAUGACUUGGAAAUGGAUUGUGGGUCCUAUGUUCCUGUAUUUUUGUGAGAGAUUGGUGCGAUUUUGGAGAUCACAACAGAAGGUUGUCAUUACUAAGGUGGUCACUCACCCUUUCAAAACCAUUGAGCUACAAAUGAAAAAGAAGGGUUUUAAGAUGGAAGUAGGACAAUAUAUUUUUGUCAAAUGCCCCAAGCUAUCAAAUUUAGAGUGGCAUCCCUUCACACUGACCUCGGCCCCUGAGGAAGACUUUUUCAGUAUUCACAUUCGUAUAGUUGGGGACUGGACAGAAGGUCUUUUUAAAGCUUGUGGAUGUGACAAAACAGAAUUUCAAGAAGCCUGGAAAUUACCCAAGGUGGCAGUAGAUGGGCCCUUUGGCACUGCUAGUGAAGAUGUAUUCAGCUAUGAAGUAGUUAUGCUGGUAGGAGCUGGCAUUGGAGUCACUCCAUUUGCUUCCAUUCUCAAGUCUGUCUGGUACAAGUAUUGCAAUGACUCAACUAGACUAAAACUCAAAAAGAUCUAUUUUUACUGGCUAUGUCGAGACACACAUGCCUUUGAAUGGUUUGCAGACCUGCUGCAGUUACUGGAGACUCAAAUGCAAGAGAAGAACAAUGCUGAUUUUCUUAGUUACAACAUCUAUCUUACUGGCUGGGAUGAAUCUCAGGCCACUCACUUUACUGUGCACCAUGAUGAAGAGAAGGAUGUAAUAACAGGCUUGAAACAAAAGACCUUAUAUGGAAGACCCAACUGGGAAAAUGAGUUCAAAACUAUUGCAAGUCAGCACCCAAAUACCAGGAUAGGUGUGUUCCUUUGUGGACCUGAAGCACUGGCUGAAACUCUCAACAAGCAAAGUAUUGCCAACUCAGAUGCUGGCCCUCGAGGAGUGCAUUUCAUUUUCAACAAAGAAAACUUCUAAUUCUUGCUCCUUUGGGAAAUGUGGACAUGAGCCUUAUGCCCAGUCAAACAAAUGCUGAUCAUUAAUAGAAACAAAUGAAAACUAGAGAAACUUUUCCAACUUUUAAAUUUUCUACCUAUGUGGGGAUAAUUUCUUAGUAUCCAUCUUUGAACAGGACAAAAGAAAACUAGUUCAUUUAUUUUUCUUUUGUUUAUUGUGCAUUAUCUCAGUGACUUGAACAUGUGCAUGGGAAAACUGUCCAAAUAUUUAAGAAUCAAUUUGCCCAGAUAUUAACUCAGUCCUUUGAUAUUCAAGGAGAUUAACAGUUGAGCUUGCUCCAGAUUGUUAACAGAGCGGUCCAGUUCUAUUAACCAGAAACAUUUCCAUGAAAAGAUUUAGUUCAGGCAUUUUAGAAUUAGGAAAAAUCAUUUAGACAGAAAGGUUUUCAAAAAUAUUCCCAUAGCAUUUUCUAAAAAGCAACUAGCCAGCACAGGAGAUAGAGAUCUGGGCCUUGAAUUGGGAAGACCUGAGUUCAAAAUCUCAAACAUUUAUUAGAUUUGUGAUCCUAGUCAAAUCACUUUACCUUUUUUUGCCUUAAUUUCCUCAACUGUAAAAUGAGAAGAGUAAUAGUACUUUCAUUACAAGUUGGUAGAUAAGGAUCAAAUGAGAUAUUGUUUGAGAAAUACUCAACACAGAACCUAGUAGAUUCUAUAAUAAAGCCUUAUUCCCUCCCCUUUAUCUACAUUGAAUAGAGUACUGAACUUGGAUCAAGAAAACCUGAGUUCACAUAUGUGAACAGAGUCAGAUACUGACUGAACCUAAACAAACCAUUUAAUCUUUCUCAGUCUCAGUCUCUUAAUCUAUAGAAUGGGUAUAUUAAUAGCACUCACCUACCUACCUUCACAGGGUUGAUGUGAGAACCAAAUGAAAAAUAUGUAAACAGCUAUAUAAAUUCUACAUAUUAGUAUUAUUAUUUUUAUUGUGUUUCUUGUAUAGACCAGAGCAGCCUGCUUCUUCUGAUUGUAGGACUUAAUCCUAAAUUAAAUAAUUCUAUUUGUUCUUAUAUGUUCAAAUUUUAAGUCUGUAGUGACCAUCAAGGGAUAGUUUUCCUGGCCAUUCAUUUUCUUGGAUGACAUGCACAAGGCGGUGUGAUAGAGUAGUCUUGAGAGGACCUACAUUCUAGUACGGAACAUGAGUGAUUUUGUAAUAGUUUAGACUGAAUUUUCCAGCCUAGGGCCUUAUACGUGCAGCUAUUGAAUCAAAAACACUGUCAUAAUGGAGAGUUCAACUAGUCAAGUUUACCUAGUCAAAAUUAAUGGAUUUGAACAGAAUUAGAAUUAAUGAGUUAAUAACCCCAUAUGAUUUUAAAGGGCUCCGAUGACCACUCCCUAAGUUUUUAUCUUAAGAGUUUACUUUGUUUACUUUGUAAUUUUUAUUUGACUUUGUUACUAAAAUUUAUAGUCUACAGAUUUAUGAGGUAGCUAGAUGAUGCAGGAUUGAUAGAGUGCUGAAUCUGGAUUCUGUAAGAUCUGUCUUAAAUCCUGCCUCCCAGGACUAUCUAUCCCUGUGCAAAUCAACUAACAUCUGAGUGUCUCAGCUUCCUCUUCCAUAAAAGGAAGAAAAUAAUAAUUUCUAUCAGUGUUAUUGUGAAGAUAAAAUAAGUCAGUAUUUGUAAGGUUCUUUGCAAAUCUUGAAAUUUUAUAUACAUGCUAGCUAUUAUUCAAUCAGUCAAUGAACACAUUAAAUGCCUACUAUGUACAAGGCCUUGUGCUAAAUGCUGAGGAUAUAAAAAGGGCAAAAGGAAAUCUCAAGGAACUCACAGUCUAAUAACAACAAUUAUUAUUGUUAUUAUUCACCUUUCCCUAAUAGGUUUGAAUAGGACAUUUUUCCCUUCACACUUCAAGGAACAAUUAUUAAUUUAGUGUUUGUGUCCUCAGCCGUAGCUUAUUUCUAAAAAUUAUUUCAUUACUGGGGAGGGAAAAUGAACAGAGUUCCUUUUAUCUCACUCUUUGGACUAUGAUGGUUUUUAGAACUCUAGGGGAGGAAAGAAGAGAGAAAUAGAAGAAGGGUGUGAAAGUUGGGAAAACAGAGCAGGGAGGGAUAAAUUCCUAAAGGAAGAGGAGAAGAGAGAGGAGAUUAGAAGGACAGUGUAUUUCUAGAUUAUGGGGGAAGAAAUUGGAUUUCAAAUUCCAGUUAUAUUACUCACUAGUUAUGUCUCAUUGGACAAGUCAUUAAACCUCCCCGGGAUUUCAUCCCCUCCUGGCAAAGGACAGAGUUGGAAUAGAUCAUCUCUAAGAGCCCUUUACUUCUCUAAAUCCUGUGAUCCUAUAAUAAAAUAUCAAAGAGAGAGAAAAAUGUAAAAGAAAAUUUAAAAAUGUAAAAGACAAAAAAGUAAAAGAAUAGGAAAAUGUAAAAAAAAAAAAAAAAGAGAAAAACAUCAAAGAGAAGGGCUUGGAGACCUGUUUUCAGAAGACUAAUCAGUGUGAUGGUCAAGGUUUUCUUCUGACUUUGGAUAGCUAAGUAUGUAUUGAAUAAAUUUGAAGCCUACAUGUAUGAA